AUAACCAAGGCAUUUUGAGUUGCCUUUAUUUUUGUAAAUUUUACUACGGUACUGUAUUUUUUCAUUCUGAUUUCAGUAUUUUCACUGUUUUUGUGAUCUGAGCUGUACCGUAUAAGCCUGUGAUAAACUAGGGUAGUAUUAGGCGAGCGCAAUAAAUUAAAUUAAGGAUCUCAAAUCUCAUUGUCAGUCCAGAUUUUCUGAUCUGUUGUGUACUGUGAUCGUUGGUUGUCUACGGUAGUACAGAUAUUUCUGAGCUUCUUAUAAUUUAAUAACUGCUGCCAAAAUGGAUGUGAAAGCCGAAUUUGAGGCUCUGCGACAGUCUCCAUCGGACGGUAAUAAACCAGUAAUCAAAGUCAUGGAGAAUCAAGGGGACUAUAAAUUCAUCGUAUCUGUCCUUCCAAACAAGGGAUUUCCUGUGAAGAUUCAGUUCUUUCUACACGACAACUACCCAGAUUUAUUGCCGGACAUAUUUGUAAAGCGUAACGAUUCCACUUCCGCUUCCAAUAUCUUGCCGGACAACCUUUGCGAUAACCUGCGUACCGUGUUACUUGAAGUUGCCAAUGAGUGUAAAGGAACUCCUAUGUUGAAAAAAUUAGCCAACAAAGCAGAGGAAUUUCUCCAGUCCAAUACCGAAAUUGUAACAAAUUCCGAAAAGUUGUUACCACUCCCCUCGACGAAUGCGAAAUCCGAAAAAAGCAAAACCGCCAGACCUGUUAAUACGACUGUCACCACAGAAGAUCUCGAAACACCGGAAAAGAAAAAAUUGCGAACAGCAGAGGAUGUCAUUUCCAGGAUUUUAUGGGAUGACAAACUGGAUACAACAUGCUUUACCGUUGGAUACAAUGACCGGUUUGCCGGCUUAGUGGAAGAAAAAUUCAAUGCCUUCUGCUGGGAUCAGCCGAUCAAUGCCGUUGACAACGACACACUGGCCAUUCCGCAGCAUCGUAUCCAGUAUUUUAAGUACAAACAGGUCAAAGUGUGGGAUAAAAAUGAAAGACUGGACUUGAUUUUUGGAUCAUCCGGCCAUAAGGGAUCGAUUUAUGACAUGAUCGCGGAAUUUGAGACAGCGGUGAAUAAUGCCGGAAACGAAGAUACAAUCGUUGCAGGAGGUGAUGCAUCCGAAAAAAAGAAGCCUGACUUGAGCGAUGACGAUCUGGAAUUCGAUGACAACUUGGAGGAAUCAACCGAAAAGAAAUAUCCAAAUGUGAACCGUCCGAAUUUCUUUGUGGCAGUCCGAAUGACCGAUCCAGAAAUCCUGGCUAAAGCCCAAGAAGUUUCCGAUCAUAUUGCCGGAAUGGAGCCAAACUUUAAAAUCUGCUGUUUGCCGGUGAAAUGCCUGCACAUUACUCUAGCUACGCUGCGGUUGAAUGGUUUGUCCGAUAUCACCCAUGCGGUGUCGGUCCUGCGCAACAUGCGCGGAAAAUUACGUGAAGCAUUUCCGGAGCCGAUUGAGUUGGACAUUGCCAAUCUGGAUACUUUUUAUCAGAAUGUUCUCUUUGCAAAGAUAAAAGAUAACGCCACAUUCAUGGAGUUUGCCGACAACGUUCGAAGUGGACUGCAGCGAGGCGCUGUCAGAAUUGUGGAUAAUCAUAGUUUCAUUCCACACAUGACGCUCAUGAAAAUUACCAGACCAGUCCAGCGUCAAUUUUCUCACAGCAGACGUAUUGAUCCCAGUGUCUACAUCAGAUUUAAAGAUGCCGUUUUUGGGAAGCAGAUUGUUAAAGAUAUUUAUUUGUGUCCUAUCGGAGUAGAUCGAAGGGAAGAUGGUUUUUAUCAGACUGUGAUGGAAAUGGAUUUUUAAAUUUUUGAGUGCGUGCUAUCUGUACUUACCAUGGUUAGGACAGCACAAUAAUUACUGCAUGGGACGCGAACAUGUACCAUUGCUCAUUUUUCAGACUUAAUCGUCAGUCAUGCCUAGUGCCUACGAACGCGAAUGUUAAUAUGCUAUUAUUAUGACGAAAGGAAGCUCGCAAGAUGCUAAAAUGUUCAUUGUCAGUUGUGAAAAAAAUUAAAAGAAAAGACGGUG